CCUGCCAGAAGGUUGGAAGAAUAAGAGAGGGAGCUCAGAGAAGGCUCGCGCUCUCCCGGACAAGGACGCACUUCGCAGCUGCACCAGCAUCGCUGCCUAACCUCCACCCAUCCACCCCACCCUAGACGAACCUCCCCCACGACCAGGAAGCUCCGGCCAGCGAUAAUAGGCGGAUGCGGGCUACAUACACAUGAGCACAGCCAUUGCUGGGCGGCAAUGAUCGUUAGGCGGGUAGGCAGAUGAGCUCCAUCUCUGGAGGCAGCCAUUCUGGCGGGGAGAACGAGGACAUAGAAGCGGACGAGGCCACGCGGGACACCCACGGAAGGGCGGAUGGAGACGAGGAUGGGGCAUUGCCCGGCGUUAUAGAAGAAGAAGAGCAGCAGAUACAGCAGGCUGGGCUGGCAGACGCGCCCUUGCCGGGCGAGGGAAUUCCAGAUGACGGCGCGGAUGCUGAAGAUGAGAGAUUGCUGGAGGAAGACUAUGCGCAAAUCACUCGAGAACGACCCGAAACCCUGGCCGAUCAACCCGGUGAAGAACCAAUUCAGACCAAGGCUCCAGAACUGAGUCCUGCGGGAUCUGGUUCUAUCACCGAUGAUUCCCCGUCUGUGCAUGGCACUCCCCAGUCUUCUCCUGGACGAACCGCUUCCCCGAGACUUCGAAAUAUCGUAGGUGGCCGCAAGGUAUCUGCGGCUCUUCAGCCGUUCGAGCGUCGUUUCGAAGCCCGACCAUCCACCCCACGAUCGGCGUCUCUCAGAGCAGACUCCCCAGGCUUCUUGAGUCCACACUCUCGCCGCAUCUCUCUUUCCUCGCAGGUCUCCCACAUCUCAUCACAGCAAAGCUCUGCUGGGAGUGAAACGCCCCAAGCGCCGUGGGAGGUGAUCAAAUGGACGAAGCUGCGAAAGAUUACCGGUCAUGCCUUCUCCGAAACAGGCAGACGCAACUUCGGCCGACCGACGUGCCUUGCAGUGUCUGCUUUGAUCGCCAUUGGUACUACAAAGGGCUUGAUCCUGGGCUUCGAUUACCAUCAGACGCUCAAGAUCAUCAUUGGGCAAGGCACGAAAGCGACAGAGUGCGGAAGCAUCACUGCGCUUGCCAUCGCAGCCGACUAUUCCACCAUUGCGGCCGGUCACGCCGACGGACACAUCUUUACGUGGGAGAUCAAUCGACCAUCACAACCCUUUCUGCGCAUCCCGCCACUCGAUCGAGAUGUCCUGAAACAGAGUGCUCACGCCGAUGGACACAUUGCCAAAUCGGCCAUCCUCCACGUCGGCUUUCUCGGCACUCGACAUACUGCCCUGGUGUCGGCAGAUGCUGCUGGCAUGGCUUUUGCGCAUCUCGCCACCCGCGGCUUGGGUCCGGUGACGAGGUCCAUCACGACCACUCGACUGCUUGGGAGAUACCCUUCAGCCGAUCCGUCAGCAGAGCUCACUCGCAAACCCAGCUCGGUCCUCGCGUUCUCUCCCUUGCCACUGGGCAAUGUCGAACAGGCGACGGACAAUAUGGGACUGACGGCUCUGCUGACGCCCUACCUCCUGAUCAUCGUAUCCACGACCCCAACCGCUCAAACACAGCACAAAGCUCCCCGACCGAAGGAAGUAUCGACACAUGGUACGCUUAGCGGAUGUCUGGCUUGGUUUCCCGCCGUCAAGUUAAAGCGCGCAAAUGCCAACGCAGACCACACGGUAUCGAAGACGAAACUGGUGUAUUGCUGGUCCAACAUAUUGACCGUGCUGGACCUCACUGUAGUUGGAGGUGAGGAUCCUACCGAUGCCAAGAGCACUCCGAGUCUACAAUUUCACGCACGGAAGCGUUGGCGGGCCGAAGAAGCCAUUGUGGCCGUCCAGUGGCUUGGAAGAUCCGUCUUGGGCGUUCUCACCGUCAGUCAACGGCUGCUGAUUCUGGAAGAUGGUUCUCUGCAAGUCACCGACUCCAUCGAUCUGCUGCACCGACAUAUCUAUCACCAAGACUUGUUCUCCCAGCAGCUGCGGAGUGUCGUUGAGCACACCAAUUCCGCUGAGCCGUCAUUACACGGAGUCGUCGCCGAUGCCUUUUACAUGAGUUUCCGCGUCUACAAAGGACGCACGUUCCUUCUUGGCUUCGACGACCUGACCGUCGGCACGCUCUCGAACUGGGCUGACAGAUUGAUGGCACUGAUGGAAGCAGGCGAUCAUAUUGCUGCCAUCCGACUUGCCACCGAGUACUACGCAGGCAGCUCUAGUAACGUGACGAUUGGCCUUGCUGAUGCCGAUGAGACGAGGCAUAGCAUGGUGCGGGAGCGCUUGGUCGCGAUGAUCUCGGCAUCGCUCAGUUACACGUUCUCACAAGAAGACGGCGGUCGAGACACUCGGCUGCGCGAGCUUGCAGUCGUGUCAUUCGACGCUUGUAUCGCCAUGCACGAACUCGACUACCUGUUCGGCGCGGUAUUUGAAAUCUUCGAAGACGCCGAUGAAGAGGAUGUUUUCAUCUCCACACUAGAGCCGUACGUUCUGGACAACGAAAUCAAGAGCAUCCCGCCAGAGGUCGUCAAAGGCGUAGUAGCACACUUCAUCUCGGAAAAUGAGAGCGCGAAGCUUGAAGAAUUGCUGUGCCGACUCGAUCCGCGGUCAUACGACCUGGACGAAGUGACGAUGCUCUGUAAGCAGCACAGACUCUACGAUGCUCUGAUCUACGUCUGGACACAAGGGAUUGGCGACUUCGUGACGCCGCUCAUCGACCUCAUGUCAUUGGUGAUGAUGUUGCAGGAUGUAGUUGACGCGGAGCAGCUGGAGGAGAAUCCCUACCACGAGUCGGCGAUGAAGGUCUUUCCUUACCUGGCCUACUCUCUGACUGGACGAAAGUAUCCAAGCGGUGACGUGAUAGACGAGGACGAAGCGACCCGCGCGAAGAUCGAUCUGUACAAGUACCUGCUCUCCGGCCGACCGGUGCCCUGGCCUACGAAAGACAGUCCUGUCUUCCGCACAACAUUCGGGUCCGAAGAAGAGCCCGAGUUCCCAUAUCUCGUAUUGCUGCUGCAAUUCGAUGCGAGCAGCUUUAUGAGCAUGCUGAACGAAGCUUUCGAAGAUGCAUUCUUGAAUGACUCCGACGAUGAGCCCACCAUGAACGGAUCUGCCGCGCGCGUGAACGGCACAUCUCCCCGAUCCGUCUUCAAGCUGACGAGGGACCGCGUCAUCACCAUACUCCUUCGAAUCAUGGAGCACGACGACUUUGACCGCGAGCAGAUCAUCUAUCUCUACAUGUUCAUCGCGCGAAGCCUGCCCAAGUAUCCCAGUCAGAUCUUUCUGCCGGAUUCACGCUUCACAGUCAUCUUGAAUGAGCUCUGUGACCCGCCAGCAGAUGAUCUGCGGGAGGAUUGUCAACUCAGCGUGGAAUACUUGCUCUCAGGUUAUCACCCACCCGAUGUGGCUGCUGUUAUCGAGAGUCUCAAGACCGCGCGCUUCUACCGAGUUUUGAAGUCGGUCUACCGAAGAUCGCAAAUGUACGAUGAGCUUCUCGAGACGUACUUUGAAGAUCCCGAGGACAAACAGGGCGUGUUCGACUGCAUAGCAAUCUGCCUGCGUCCAAGCACCGGACUAAGUCAGAAGCAGGUUCAGAGCGUCAAGCGCAUCAUCCGCGAUCACAAUGACGACCUCAUUGCUAUCAAUACCCUCUCCACCGCUCGCACUAUUGCCAUAUCUGCUCCGGACUUGCUCAAGCCCAGCCUUGUCGCCAUCGCCGAUUUGCACACACAGUUUGUCUUUCUCCGUGCUUUGCUCGAGCCGACUUUGCUGCGCGAGCUCGAGGGCACUCCAGCAUCGCCUCUGGCGGCAGAACAGCAGGCGCAGUUCACGGAGAAAUACGUCCAGCUCAUGUGCACCAAUGACCCUUUGCACGUCUCCGACUACAUUGACGCGUUGCCGACGAGCGAUCUCCGUCUCUCGGAAGUGUUGCCAGCUCUGGAAAGCAGCGGCGUGGUCGAUGCAGCGGUGACCUUACUUGCUCGCAAUGGUCUGGCUCGAGACGGUAUGGAGCGGCUAGUGACAAAGCUGGAACAACUUCAGCAUGCGCUGGGCAAUCUUCUUGGGUCAACGAGCGAGGUGCCGGAUUGGCAGGCGAUGGAAGAGGCGACGCAGCACCUCGUCGAAGACAUUGAGAAAUACACCAAGGUGGGCAUCUGGUUGUGCCAGGGCCAGACGGCCGCCAUUACUGAACGCAAGCCGCGGCCGCGGACGAAUUUCGCGUGGGAGAUCCGGGAAGACGAUCUGGACUUGGAUGAGUACCUUUGGCUGGAUCUUGUUGAUGUCGUGGUGCAAAUCACCAAGAACACGAACCAGGCCAUCACGUAUUUGCACGAGCACCCGACCGAGAGCAACGGCGAGGUGUUUGACACAUCGAAAGUAGCAGCGGCGCUUCGUACCAACGCGCAGCAAACCUUCACCGCCCUACUAGCAGCAACCACCGCCCCGAAACAAAACCGGCAAUCCGAAGAGGAAACUCCACCCAAACAUCGUCCCCGCCGCCAUCAAGACCCCUUCACCUUUCUCCGCGUCUUCCGCGCCUUCCUCUCCCGCGCCGCCUCCACCUCUCCCACCCUCGCCGACCUCCGCACAGUCCUCUCGGACAUCUUUUCCGCCUACACCUUCGAAGAAGGCGUGCUGACCCUCGGCAAUGGCCUCCUGGGCGCAGACGUGUUUGCCGAGAUCGAAGAGGCGAACACGCUGCGGCAGCGUGGGUGGCGGCCGCGCAGCCAGGUGUGCGAGUUUUGCAAGCUGCGGGCGUGGGGGCCGGGGAUCGGAGAGGCGGUCUGGGAUGAGUUUGUCGCGAGGGAAGAGGAGCGGGAGGCGGAGAGGAAGCGCAAGAACGUAGAGCGCAGCGGAGGGGAGGAGGCGAGAAGAUUGGAGAGAGGGAAGGGCAAGGCUGUCGCUGUUCCCGCGGCGCUGCACGCUACUGAAGGAGGCGAUGCGAUGGGCAUGCAGACGCAGAGCGACGAAGUGCGCCGCCUUGCGCUCGUCGUCUUCUCGUGCCGCCACGUCUUCCAUCGCGUGUGUCUCGAUGCGGACUUUCGCGAUGGCAAGCCGGCGAAGAAGGAGAGAUAUCAGUGUCCGUUGUGUACAGCGGGGGAAGCAUGAAGGGGGCGUUUGGAGCGGUGCUUGUAGUUUGCGACAAUCUACACAGAAAAGUCAUCUACGUGC